CUGAGAUGGCGGCGGCCGCCGCCGGGCUGAGCUGGAGGCGGGUGUCCUCCUUCACGGGGCCGGUGCCACGCUCCCGCCAUGGGCACCGCGCGGUCGCCAUCCGAGAGUUGCUCAUUAUCUUCGGCGGCGGCAACGAGGGCAUCGCCGACGAGCUGCACGUCUACAACACGGUUACGAAUCAAUGGUUCCUUCCUGCUGUUAGGGGAGAUAUUCCUCCAGGCUGUGCAGCACAUGGAUUUGUUUGUGAUGGUACCAGAAUACUAGUUUUUGGAGGAAUGGUUGAAUAUGGAAGAUACAGCAAUGAUUUAUAUGAAUUGCAGGCAAGUCGAUGGCUCUGGAAAAAGGUAAAACCUCAAGCUCCUUCAAAUGGAUCACCACCCUGUCCUCGGCUUGGCCACAGCUUUUCUUUGUAUGGUAACAAGUGCUAUUUAUUUGGUGGCCUGGCAAAUGAAAGUGAAGAUUCAAAUAAUAAUGUUCCCAGAUAUUUAAAUGAUUUCUAUGAACUGGAGCUGCAACAUGGGUCUGGUGUGGUCGGCUGGAGUAUUCCUGUGACCAAAGGAAUCUUGCCAUCUCCCCGAGAAUCUCACACAGCCAUAGUGUACUGCAGAAAAGAUGUGGGAAGCCCAAAGAUGUAUAUUUUUGGAGGCAUGUGUGGCUGUCGGCUUAAUGAUCUCUGGGAACUUGACAUAGAAACCAUGACCUGGUCAAGACCAGAAACCAAAGGGACAGUACCACUUCCUCGCAGUCUUCAUACGGCCAAUGUAAUAGGAAACAAAAUGUAUGUUUUUGGUGGAUGGGUUCCACAGUCAGCAGGAGGUGAAAUUUCUGCUCCUGAUGGUGAAUGGAAAUGCACCGGUUCUUUUUCUUAUCUUAAUUUGGAUACCACAGAAUGGAUAGGUCUGAUCUCAGAUUGCCAGGAGGACAAAAGUAACUUGUUACCAGGGCCAAGAGCAGGACACUGUGCUGUAGCUGUUGGCACUCGUCUGUAUAUCUGGAGUGGUAGAGAUGGUUACAGAAAAGCUUGGAACAAUCAAGUUUGCUGCAAAGAUCUUUGGUACCUUGAUACUGAGAGACCUCUAGCACCAUCACAGGUACAGCUGAUCAGAGCUACAACCAACUCUUUUCAAUUGAAGUGGGAUGAAGUACCUACAGUUGAAGGAUAUCUUCUUCAAUUACAUGCUGACUCACCAGUGCCACUGGUGGCUGGAACUCCUGGUGCUGGCGUUCCUGAGACAUCAGUGCUGAGUUCACAAGGUGGCUGUUCUCUUCAUCAGAGUCUGCAAUCAGUGCCUAGCAUCCCUUAUGCAGAAAUGAAGGUGGAUCAUCCCAGCCAAACAAAUAAUCUCAUUCCUAAUAACGUCCGAGUUGCCCUUUCAUCCAGUUCAAAAGUAGAAGGAAAAGAAAAGGUUGCAGCACCUGAAGACAAGGUUACACAGGAGAGUAUGAAAAACUACACAGAUGCUACAGGAUUCAAAGAAUUAAAUGCCCCUUCUCUUUUGCCUGUUUGUACUUCUUCAAGUAAGAUGACUAUAGGAAAAAAAAUAGAGGGAAAAAAAAGUGCUCAGACAUCACCAAAUGUAGCUGAAUUACAUUACUUGGACAAACAAAGUGUAAAUCCUGAUUCUUCUGUAACGAGUAAUGUCUCCAGCACACAAACUAUGGUAACCCAGCAGGCUGUUAAAACUGAGUCAUCAAGUACAAAUGGGGCAGUUGUUAAAGAUGAAACUUCACUAACAACAUUCAAUUCAAAAUCUGAAGCUGCUGAAACUGCUUAUGUCACGCCUUCAACAAGGGUCAGUACUGGACAGACAAAUGAUUCACACUCUUCUAGAGCUCCCCAGAGGCUGCCAGUGCCGGUGAAAACCAGGGACCGCCGGUGGUAUGAUGUGGGAAUUUUUAAGAACAACAGUGCUGUGGUGAGCCAGUUCUACUUGCUGCCAGAGGAAACACUGAACAUCAAUAGCAAGAUGGAAGUUGCAGAUGUACCAGACUACAGAUUACUAAAGAAACAAGAUCUGUUUCCAGGCACAGUGUACAGAUUCAGAGUUGCUGCAAUUAAUGGCUGUGGUGUCGGGCCUUUCAGUAAAAUCAGUGAAUUCAAGACGUGCAUUCCAGGUUUUCCUGGAGCUCCUUCAACAGUCAAAAUCACCAAGAGUGUAGACUGUAUUCAUCUUUCUUGGGAGCCUCCUGCUUCACCCUCUGGAAAUAUUUUAGAAUAUUCUGCCUACUUAGCCAUCCGUUCCACGCAACUACAGGAAAAUCCAAGUCAACUUGUAUUUAUGAGGAUAUACUGUGGUCUUAAAACAUCUUGCAUAGUGACUGCUGCCCAGCUUUCCAGUGCCCAUGUGGAUUACACCUCCCGGCCUGCCAUAGUGUUCAGGAUUUCAGCCAAGAAUGAGAGAGGCUACGGCCCAGCCACACAGGUUCGGUGGCUCCAAGGUAAAGUCACUGUCACACACAGCAUUUGAGUGGAGCAGGAGCUGUGCAUUUCUUCCAGAACCAACACAGCACUGCAUGUGAACUGCUUGAAAUGUUAGUUUGUUCCUUAUGGGAGUUUUAUGCAAUUCUAGUUGUUGCUUCUGAAUAAUUCAGGGGUUUUUUCAGUCUUUUCACCUUCCUGAAUGGAAAAAAAUUCCAUCAGGUGAUGUCAGGUGCAUUUUUGUGAUGCAUAUACACUUUAAAAUCUGUGUUACAGCCAGAAAACGUUUUGUCAUCUUGUCCCUGGGCUUGAAUUUGUACAGGUUCAUGAUGAUUUGGGGAUGGGAAUGGAUCCACUGAAACUAAAAUUAGUGUUAGCCUGGUCAGAUUUGGCCUGCCUUAUAAGUAAGCCAAUAUGGGGUAUCAAGUUUUGCCAGCUUCUCAUCCUGCUCCUUGCCAUUUCUGGAUUAGCUUUGUUGGGAGCUGGCUUUGCUCAGCAAGAGGUACUGUGGGCACAGAGGAAGGUAGGAAGGGCAGAGUGCCCAUCCCCUUGGGCAGCAAGGAACUGUGGUGGAGGGGUAGCUGAUCUCAGCUGCUGGACUGGGACCCACCUGUUGAAUGCUCCACUGCUUGGUUUCUAAUAUGUGCUUUUCUAAGAUGGGGAGUAACAAUGAAGAAGUUGUCUUCUGUGAAGUUCAGUAUUUCAGUGCUAUUUUAACACUUUAUUUGGCAGGGGUUUUGACCAUUACCUAUAUCCUACAACUUUGAAAUAGUGUCUGUUUGAAAAUGUUUGAGUGUGUACACCAUGUGAAAUUAUGAAACAUUGAACAAUGUCUCCUUUGCUUUGCAGAUAUGAAAACAUCAGGCUCAAAGUAGAAAUUACUUAAUAAAUCUCAAUUUUCAAAUGUAGUGUUUAGUGUAACUCUUGUACUAUUUGUAAAUGCUACAAAUAUUUUAUUUUUGCAUUGUUUUUAUCUUAAAAAUAUAUAACCUUUUUUACGUUUGACACAUCGAUGUUGUAGAGCCUUGCUCAGGUAUGAGUAUCUUACAGAAAAUAUAUCCAAGAUGGUGGGGUGGAGGAUUGCUCUCUGUCCAGCAGCUCUUUUUGGUAGUGAUAAGUUAAAAUGUAAAGAACACAGAGUUUCAAAUCAAAAAUUAAUAAAACAAUUGGCACAAGUAGUAGUGUUUGAGGUAGAGUCCCCAGGAUUGCCACAGAUCUUGCAUAGAUAAUUCAUAAGAUUUGGGAUAUGAGCAAAUUCUGUUUGGUUUCCAUUCCCUAUAUCACAUUCUUCAUUCUGGUGCCUGAGUACAAGGCAAAAAUUUCCAGAUAUUAUAUAGUAACUUAAAAUGCAUAACUAUUUUAAUAUAUAUUUUUUUUUGUAAAGAAAUGAUUUUUUCUACUAUUUGUAACAGAUAUCUUAGUCUUGAAAAAUAUCCCCUGAAAAUUUAAAAGGAAAAAGAUAAACUUAUCCAUUGCUCUUAUUACAAAAAACAUAAAUUCAUUGUAAAUGCACUACUAUUACUUAAAAUUAUCAUUUUGUAGUUGUACAAAUCUUAAACUUGUAAAUGCCAGUGUUUACAAGAGACCUUUCUGGUCUUGUAUUAAAACAUCCAUGAGAUUUAUUACCUUUUUAUUUUUUUUAAUCCAUAUGCUUUGCUUUUAGCAUAUGCUUGCUUUUUGCACUAAUAAUAACUUACCUCAUUCCUGUGUUAGUAAUCACUUGUGUUGCUUCCAUAAUGUUUCUGUAAAACUUCAAUCUGAAAAUUUUAACCAAAGUUUGGAAUACAUGGUAAGCAAUUUUGCACACAUUAUAUGGCAACUUUCAACAUAUUUAUUCCAGUUAAUCUUCUUAAGUGCUUGUUUGCUUUACCAAUAUAUUCUACCAAUCAAGUUCAGUAUCUCCCUUUUACUAUGCAUCUUUUACAUUAACUAGCUAGCUGAUAAAAUCAACAAGCAUUACUUCUAGGAAUAGGUUCAUCCAUUCCUAUGGGAAAAGAGAAAAAUUGUUCACGGUAGUAAAAUAAAGGUAAACAUUUUAAAUGCUAUUUAUGUAUCUGUAUAUAAAACUAUGUUUACCAAAGUGUAGAGGCUGAGUUGGACAAGGUCACUAGGUGAAUAGAUUGAGGCACCUAAAUAAGAUUUAUUUUAAAAUAAAAUCUAAAUUAUUUACUGUGCAAUGAAGUUUAUACUUUGCACUUUAAUUUUGCCCCAAAUGCCAAAAGAUUAUACAUCAAAGUAGAAUUUCUUGCCUCUUCCAGUAAAAUUUGUCUUAAGAACAUUUGUAAAGAUAUAAACUAAAAUCAAUGAUGUGCCUGGUUUGGUGGGAGAAGUAUCACUAAAAUAGUAAAGAUUUAGCAGCUCAAGUCUCCCAGAGGAGAUUUAACAGCCAAGUGUUGGCUGCCCUGAGAAUCAGGGUUAUAACGAAGUGCUGGUACAGCCUUAAGUUAUCGCAAUGCAUCACAUGCUCCAAUAGCAUCAAGAAAGUGCUAGGGACCAUAAAUGGCUAUACCAGUGUUAAUUGUGGCACAGGAGUAACACACGUGGUUUGACUCCAGAGAAGAAUCAUGUUUUUAUGACAAUGACAGCUACUCCAGUUUCACUUUAAACAGUGUUUAUAGUAUGAAUGUAUAGGACUUUUCCUGAAGUUAACUGGCUUUAAGAUAUUUGUGUUUUAAUGGCCCAUUUCGUCAGGUAGGAUCUCACUACCAAUACUGUCUGAUAACAAAAGUACCAUACAAAUGAACUGUCUACUAGAAGAAUAGAACUUGGAUUUUCUUAUUAGUACUAUGAAAGAAGCCUUUAGAGAAAAUACUUGUGGCUUUGAUUUUGUUGGUUGAUAGCUGUGAUUGUAGAGUUGUUAUUUAAGAAUAAAACCUGUUGGGUGUGUCUGGGUGCAGUUUUUUUGCACUUGGUUUCACAUGCUUUGCACAAUUUCUUUUUUCAGUGGGUGUGUUAUGACUACCAAAGGGUAAAACUGUGGCGUUUUCAAUGAAAGUAUAAUUUCCUUGUGAGUGUGCUUUCUUCAGCUGACUUGACAUAAGAUGUCACUUUUUCUUUUUUGUCCAAGUUGGGUAACGUUGAAUAUUGAUCAUAUGCAACUCUUCAGUUGCUUACACUUUGACUUUAAACUGAAAUUGUGGUACACACUGUAAAAUACACUUUUUGGUCUGUUUUUAGAACUGUAUUUAUAAUGUCUAAAUCCCACCUGUUUGCCUAUCAACUAGAUAUCAGACAAAUAUUGAUUGUUUGAUUUUAAAGUUUAGAAGAUUGUUGACACCAGCUCUUUGAGACUCCAUGUUAUCCAUUUAUUUCAGAUACUGCUAAAGGACAUGCAACAGAAGCUGAAAUCUAGCAGAUUACUAUAUCCAUAUUGUAGAAAUGUCUACGUUUACUGAACUUCUUAGGGAGGUUGUGACUGUGUAAGCAUAGAACAGUUGUGCCAGUUAUGGCAGGCACUGCUACAAUUUCAUCUUCAGAAUGUUCCUGUGAAAGUGGAAAUGAAGUGAACAAUAACUUACACUUUGUGUUUUCAAAGUAAUUAUAGCAAUAUCUUUUGAAUCUAGUUUGGAGUAGAGCACAUGAUCUUGCCAUAAACUCUGAAGAUGUAGUAAGUAUUACUGUUGUUAUCUGAUUAUUUCAGGAUAGCGAAUUUGAUGUGAACUUAAUCUUACAGCCUGUUACUUCAUGACCUCUACAAGGAAAUUGACAUUUUGUACAAUACAAGUUGAUUAGUCUUAUUUUGAAGCGUUGUUUGUUCUUUGUAAUAAAGUGGUUGUCCUAUCAAACACAUUGUUAA